AUGGCCGCUGUAAAACCAGUAUACUUUGGCGCCUUCCUCGUCACUUCACAAGUCUUCUACCGCACGGCGCACUGCUUCGCGCUUGUUAACUUGAAGCCGCUGCUGCCUGGACAUGUGCUCGUGUGUCCGAAUAGGGUGGUGCCGCGGUUGAAGGAUCUUAGUACUGAGGAGGUAACAGACCUAUUCCUUACCGUACAAAAGAUCGGAAAGGCUGUUGAGCGCAUCUACAAAGCCGACGCCCUCAACAUCGCGAUGCAGGACGGCGCUGCGGCGGGACAGUCUGUCCCGCACGUGCACACCCACAUCAUCCCGCGCCAGAUGCAAGACCUCGAGAAGGAGGACCAGAUCUACACGAUGCUCGAAUCCGACGACGGCGACCUUCUGCGCAACUAUCUUGAAGCGCGGCACCCCAGCACGCUCGAGGGCAUGAAGGCCAUUGCGGGCCACCACGGGCCCGCGGCAGUCAUUGGCGACGCGGACAGCAAAGCCGUUAGCGGUGGUGGGGGCGGACGGCCAAAGUUCCCGACGGUCAAUAUGGGCGAGAGGAAGGCGCGGAGUGAGAAGGUUAUGAAGGAGGAGGCGGAAUGGCUGGCAAAGUGCCUGAAGGAGCAGGAGGAGGAAGGGCUGUGUUGA